CUUGAAUCUAAUACUCCAAGCGCGGUACAGUUUCCCUCCACCAAUGAUGGAUAUUUCAGAGAUGGUGGAUUCAAGGAAAAUAGCUAUGUUGAUGAUGCGGUGAAGGAUGGUUCGUUCAGUCGAAAUGGAGGGAGGGAAGGUGUCGAGGGAAAUGGAAGCGACUCUUCCCACCUUCAAACUGAGCUGGUGCAUUUGUACUUCGCCCACAUCCAUGACAAGCACCAUUCUUUAUUCCAUGAGCCCACCAUCAAGGCACAACUACGCGAUGGAAAUCUUCCAGAGCUUCUCCUGCAUGCGAUGGUCGCUCUGGGCUCCAGAUUCUCAGAUGCACCCAGCUUACUUUCCCUUAAGCGCCGUAACCGCGGUCUGUCAUCUGCUAGACGAGCGGUCGCCUUAUUCAAUAUGUCCGACAUCUCCGUGACUACUGUGCAAGCCGCCGUCCUACUCGGAACAAUCAGCUUUGCCGAUUCGAACACGGAAGCUGAAGCGCUGUACUAUGCAGUUGCCAACAGGCUGGCGCAAAUACUGGAUCUGGCACAUCGGCCGACGACCAAUGAGACGGAAAGACAAGUCAAUCUUCGAAUAUGGUGGACGUUGUAUAUGAUUGACAUUUGGUGCUCAAGCGGUCUGCAUCUUCCUCGCCAGAUGCAGUCUACCCACACGGUCCAGCUUCCAGCGGAUGAAGUGGUGUUCCUUGGACUCGAAUCGCGGGCAACGUCCAGACCUACCACGGGCGGGAUAUGGGCCCAAAUGGCCAACUUGGCACAUAUCUGGGCAGACAUCUACGAGCUGAACCAGAGCGUCAUACGUGAGACGAAAGAUCCCCAAGAUCUCGAAGAAGCAGUCGAGACACUUCUGAAAAGGCUGGAGAUGUGGUCAGCUGUUCUACCACUCUCCCUCCGCAAAACACGCUCGAAUCUCGACUACUACGCCUCAGUUGGCCUCGGCUCAGCAUUUGCCGCCCUCCACCUAGGCUACCACUACUAUACUGAGGUGCUAUGCUACCAGUUCUUGGCCGAUGGGGCUUCUUCCGCGAACCCAGAUUAUGCAGAAAAAUGUAAAGAACACGCUAAGCACUUCUGCGACCUGCUAUACCUUUGUCUGGAGAUCCCGAACAGCGAGUGUCUCUUCGUCAUGGUCGGACACAUGCUGGUCGUCUCGUCCACUGUGUACAUUCACACGCUGAUGUUCAGUGACCUUGAAGACGAGAUCACGAUUGCUCGUCGAAGACUCGAGAAGAACUUCCAGAUCCUCAUGCGUCUGCAAUCGUUCUGGGUCAAGCUCGAUGUUUCCUUAUCACGGCUGCAAGCAUUCCACAACGCAUGCAAGAUAUCUGCAGAGCACUCGUUUGGCAUGGAUAAGUGGAUGCUGUGCUUCUUGCUGGAGCACGGCGUGGCGGUGCCUGAAAGGUAUCCCCCAACUCAAAUCAUGGGAGUUACGGAUAGUGCUUCGCCCGAAUUGACCUUGCAGGAUUGGUAUUCUCAGACUUUCAGCGGAGGCUAG